AUGAUAACCGAAACGGAAUACGUUCAGACCCGAGCAACCUUCAUAUGUCAAACGGAUCCUGUUGAUACACCAUUGCUAAGUGCUGCGGACAAGUCUUCUGUCCCUGUUUGGGCCACUGGUGGUCGGAUACAGUUGUCUAUAGAGAACUAUGCUGAAUGUAUCUCAAUCGCCCACCCGCACGCAUAUCAAGCCCCGACGGAUAAUGAAACUUCACUCCCUGUUGCAAAGACAUCAGGAAGAAAACGCUGUGGAAAUUCGGUGUUGCGCACAAAAUCCUAUCUUGAGCUACUUUCAGCCUACCGAGAACGCAAUGUGGAGUUGUCCAAAAUUCCAGUGUUUUUGUCUCCUGGUGGUGGAAACGACCCCGAAUGGCGCCUCACUGCAGUCGAGGAGACGGACUUUUCAAUAGCCUCCGGUGUCGUUUUGGACGGCUUUCACUCUGGACACGAAGAGUCAACCAAUGGCCAAAUCGCUGACAAAAACGAUCCAAGUUUAUUCUCCCUUUUACCAGCUGUUUGCAAAAAGUUACCUCCGGAUCUCCCACGUUUUCUUACUGGAGUCUGGCAACCUCCGGAUAUUGUUCUGGCAACGAAGUGUGGUGUUGAUGUGUUUGAUGGAAGUCUUCCAUACAGACUCACUCGAAGUGCGCUUGCCUGGAUCUAUCCCGGUUGGGACGGCUGUCACACCACCGAUACAAACAACGCAACUCGCGUGUGUGCUCAUCGCCCCUAUAUAGCCUUCCCUUUGGAUGAUUCGGCUGCUGAUUCGACAUCAGUUUUAUAUACAGCCCCGAUUCAAUCUGGCUGUACUUGUUUCUCGUGUCAACGGCAUACGCAAGGCUAUAUUUCCCACUUACACAUAGCCGGUGAAAUGUUGGGUCCGAUGCUUCUGAUGAUCCACAAUUCACAUUUGUACUAUCGAUUCUUUGAAGACCUCCGACUUGCUGCUAGGACGAACCGCCUGGACGAAUUUCUCCGGUUCGUUGAACCGCUCCGUUUUCCGCGUGAACUUCUCGCCGUAGAUAAAACUAACGAGUCGAAAAGCGCCAGCGCUUCCAGUUUGGACAGGACCACUUGAUAUCUUUUAUGUUUUAAUGCCCCCACUUUUUGUAUACGGGACCAUUGUACAUUCAGACCUAUACUUUGGAUUAUAC